AUGUCUGCCGAGCUUCCAUGGCAUGCUGCAUAUCCCGCACCAAGGGGUGUGGCAACCUCCAUAUCGCGAGAAGAGCUUUUGCAAUGGAUUCGAGAGGGUAAACAAGCAGGCAAAGACUUUCUACUUGUUGACUUGCGUCGUACAGACUAUGAGGGAGGAACGAUUCAAGGGUCAUUGAACUUGCCAGCUCAAAGUUUAUACCCCACGAUCCCAACAUUGUAUUCUCUUGUAUCAAACAGCAGCGUGAAAUAUGUGAUUUGGUACUGUGGAUCAUCUGCUGGUCGAGGUACUCGCGCAUCAGGGUGGUUUGCGGAUUACCUCGAAGACCAACACGACACAGAGGUUAAGAGCUUGGUUCUCUCGGGGGGCAUCAAAGGAUGGGUUGUGGCCGGUUCCGAGUAUACAUCCUUGAUGGAUGGGUAUGAUGCAUCUGUCUGGGCAAAGUAA